AUGGCGGAUGAGAGCGUUGUUGAGUCCCCAGUGAAGAGGCAAAGAGAUGACGAAGAAAAUGGGGCCUCUGUUUCCAUGGAUACGGAAGGUGGCAAAGAACCACAGGGUAAUGGUUUGUCGUCGGUGAUUCCUGGAUGGUUCUCUGAAAUCAGUUCAAUGUGGCCUGGAGAGGCUCACUCCUUAAUGGUGGAAAAGAUUUUGUUUCAAGGAAAGUCUGAAUACCAGAAUGUCAUGGUCUUUCAGUCGUCAACAUAUGGCAAGGUUCUUGUUUUGGAUGGAGUAAUUCAAUUAACAGAAAGGGAUGAAUGUGCCUACCAAGAAAUGAUCACUCAUCUUCCUCUUUGCUCUAUUCCAAACCCCAAAAAGGUUCUGGUUAUCGGAGGAGGUGACGGAGGAGUCCUGCGAGAAAUAGCUCGCCAUUCUUCAGUUGAAAAGAUAGACAUUUGUGAAAUUGACAGUAUGGUUGUUGAUGUCUCCAAACAAUAUUUCCCUGAUGUAGCAAUAGGGUAUGAGGAUCCUCGUGUGACACUUACUGUUGGUGAUGGAGUUGCGUUUCUGAAAAAUGUUCCAGAAGGAACUUACGAUGCUGUUAUAGUGGAUUCAUCCGACCCUAUUGGUCCUGCUCAGGAGCUGUUUGAAAAACCCUUCUUUGGGUCAGUUGCAAAGGCUCUUCGUCCAGGAGGAGUUGUGUGUACCCAGGCAGAAAGUAUAUGGCUUCAUAUGGAUAUAAUUGAGGACAUUGUGGCGAAUUGUCGCCAGAUUUUUAAAGGAUCUGUCAACUAUGCUUGGACUACUGUUCCUACAUACCCAAGUGGGAUGAUUGGCUUUAUGCUUUGCUCAACUGAGGGACCACCUGUUGAUUUCAAGCAUCCAGUGAAUCCCAUAGAUGAAAAUGAGUGUCAGAAGUCAGCAAGGCCACUGAAAUUUUACAACUCUGAGAUUCAUACAGCAGCUUUCUGUUUGCCAUCAUUUGCAAAGAGGAAAAUUGUUCCUAAAGCAAAUUAG